CUGGCUCGCAAAUAUUCCUUGAGCUACUGCCAGAUAUUUUUAGAGUCUCCACUUGAAUGCUGCUUGCAGAGAAAUCGGCUGAGGAGUCAUCCCUUACCUGACCAGACCAUACUUUUAAUGGCAAGCAAAAUAGAAAUGCCAGAUCUCAAGAAAAAUGCUUGGGAACAAAACAGCCUCAUUCUGAAAAGUUCGGAGUGCACUUCAGAGGAGAAGUACGCUCAGUGCUGGGUGAAACUGGUUAAUGUGGUUCAUCCUUGUUUUCUCAGUGAGCAGAUCAUCAGUUUGCUGGCUGCUGCCUUGGAAAAUCCAGUGAAGCAAAAGGAGGAAAACGCUGAGCAAAAGGAAGCUGAUCGAGCUGCCUGUGCAGCCAGUGCUGUCCAUCAGGCUGACCAGACCUGCAGACGACUCGUCUCUCAGGCAAUGAAGGAAGCCAGAGAUAAAAACAUCCUGCCAAGUGAGCUGAAGAGCCUGGCAGAAGAACUCAACAAACUCAAAGCAGAGUUUUUGGAAGACUUGAGGCAAGCAAAUCAUUUGAAAAGCAAACUUUCUGUACGAAAUCAAAGUCCUGACCCUGCUACAUCUGUAAUUUCUUUGUUCCAAUUGGAGGCAGACAAUAUAGUUCAUAAAUAUGUUUUAAAAUAA